GUUUACAGGAAGUGUUCACAUUUUCUUUUACCAGCUGAUAGCGAAAUUGUCAACAGUUAAGUCUGCUGUACCUGCCCUGCUGAAACGACAUUAUAUACGUUGAAUCCAGACGGAGACAACACAGGUCAAGACUUCAUCAGUGAGACUUGACCUGGGCAGCAGGGCUGACAAGUGACUGAUCUCACAGAAUCCCCCGUCUCCACCCCAGGGAGGAGGCCCAGCCCCCCUGCUGUCUCCUACUCUGGUCAGUAUGAGCUCCAGAGGGAGUGGAGGCCGCUCCAACGGCACACUACCACAGACCAAGAUCUGCCAGUUCAAGUUAGUGCUGCUGGGUGACAUGGCUGUGGGAAAGUCUAGCCUGGUGCUUCGUUUUGUGAAGGGACAAUUUGAUGAGUUCCAGGAGACAACUAUAGGAGCUGCGUUCUUGGCUCAGUCAGUGUGUCUAGAUGAUACCACAGUGAAGUUUGAGAUAUGGGACACUGCAGGACAAGAGCGGUACCAUAGCUUGGCUCCUAUGUACUACCGGGGAGCUCAGGCUGCCAUUGUGGUCUUUGAUAUCACCAAGCCGGAAACUUUUGAGAGAGCCAAGGCCUGGGUUAAGGAGCUGCAGAGACAGGCCAGCCCUAACAUUGUCAUUGCCCUGGCUGGGAACAAGGCUGACCUGGCAGAGAAGAGACUAGUAGAGUAUGAGGAGGCUCAGACUUAUGCUGAAGACACUGGCUUACUCUUUAUGGAGACCUCUGCCAAGACGGCCAUGAACGUCAAUGAACUCUUCCUGGCAAUCGCAAAAAAGAUGCCAAAAACAGACACCCAAAACCCUACACAUGCAGCACGACAUCGGGGAGUCAACCUCCAGGACCCAGAUGCCCACUCUACCCGAGCUUGCUGUGGUGGAAACUAGACAUCUGUAUUCACACAGCUGUACUCCACCAUCCACAUCACUGCAGCCCGUCAACCAUCUUGUCUCCUUCAAACAUCUUACAUGGGUGGAUGUGAAACAUCCUUUCCGUCUCCCUCUGUUCAUUUCUCAGUCCUCAAACAGAAAUUCAGACAAGAGUUAAUUAGGAGAUAAAGAAGACAGCAGAGAUACAACAACAGAAAGAUAUGUGUCUCUUCACCCAAAACUGCUUUUGGAAAUUACACAGAAGUACAGGCAAAGACUGAAAUGAAGGGGAGGAAAAUAAAGAAUGUGGAACACGGUGACAAACCUGAUGUAGUAUUUAGCACUAAUUGUAAAUUUUCUUCUGUUCUUUCUGCCUUGCAUAAUUUUAUUUACAGCCCUGUUUGAUUGCAUAAAAAUGCACAAACUAAGCAGCACAUGCUAAUGAAUGGCAAAGAAUGAAUCCAAGAAAAAGGCCAAGACAUUAAAUAAAAAAGCCAAAUGUUUGGACUGUAUUCCCUUGUCAGAGCUUGCACCUGCUUGCUUUUUCUUUUUUAUUUCCAAAUCAAUGAAAUCCUGCUGUUAAUAAUGCCACCUCCAUGGAAUGAUUCUGUAAAUUUUAAUUUCUUUCUGUCCCGCUUUGAUGUUCCUUACUUUCACUGGCCCAUAUAAGACAAGAUCAAUGGCACAGUUCACCACACGAAUUAGAUUGUGUAUUAACUGUCAAGACAUCCCUUCCACUGACACUCAAACUCAGUAUGUGAAGUAGAAAUUGUUAAAGUAAUGUGUGUUGUUCAUACAUGAUUGGCAAUCUUACAUUGAAGAAGCAUUUAGAGGUCAACAGAUUGUGAAUUUAUUUAAGUUGCUGUAGUUAAGUAUCCCUUAUGCUGUUUUCUUGAAGAUUCAUAAGGAGCCAUACUUAACAUAACAGUCUGUAGCUCAAAUGUGCACAUUUAAAGUAUUAACAGUUCCAUAGCAGCAACCACAUUUCUCAAACCCAAAGGAAAAAAAAUGCACAUGGACUACAGUGCUUGUUUAGUCCCAUUUAUUAAUGAAUAAGUGUCAUCUGAAUUUAAUAAUUUAAAAUGAGUGAUGGGGCUAAUUAUAAUUGCAGUAACGUGUAUGGCUGUGCCCAAGUAGAAAUAUCUGCUGCUAGUACCAGUGUAAGUGAACUGUUAAAACCUAUUUUCAAUUUGUCAAACAAGGAACAGAAUGAAAAGCAAAAAAAAAAAAAAAAGAC